UGUUAUAUAUUUCUUUCGGUUCAUCAAUGUUCUUCGAUCAUGAACUCCGCUAAAACUUUGUUUGUGAUAAAAUUCUGCAAUAGACUGAGGACUUUAUUGAAGAAUAACAUAUAUGCUCUAUCAUUACGCUAUUGUAUCAAUGACACAUAUUAGGGCUAGGUUUUCACGAAUUGCGAUGAGUAAUCAAUUCCGACUCAAGGGUUGAAGAAAUGAUACACUAAUAGUUGUUAAAAACUGCAUGAAGAAGUUUGGGGUGCAUAACAAAGUGCAUCCCGAUCAAUAAUGAAUGAAUGCUGCGUCAGUUCUCCUGACUACGCUCAAUGAUUCCGUGACUUUUAACAUGCAAAGAUGGCAUCGUGCAACAUAUGGAAUAAAGAAAUGGCUCAUGAAUUUUCUCUGUAUAGACGGACAAUGUGGCCACUCGGCUCAUGGCCAUUGGAUCAUGACAGAAAUUUUGCAAAAUAUCGUGCCCUACUUGUCAUAAUCAUACAAAGUAUCAUGGUGAUCUACAUAAGUAUUGGUUAUAAUAAGGAUGGCAUACUGAGUAUUAUCGUCGACCAGUUAGUACUGGCGUCAUGCAGCAUGUUGAGCAUCAUAAAAAUAACGCUGAUACGACUGCAUCGCGAUGAUCUGAUGAAGAAUCUGUGCAAUGCAGCGAACAAUUGGACGUGCAUCGCGAGGCAGGAGCAUCGACAGGUCAUGCUUCGCUACACUAACCUGGGCAGAUUCGUCUUUUUCUUUCAGAUGGGUUCCGCGUACGUUGUCGUCGUUUCAUUGGCAUUCGGACCGCUUUUAUCGUUUGCGAUGUCGUCUUCUUUACAAAAUGUCACAAGAUUCGAGGAACAGAUGGAAUUGCCACACGAAAUGACCUGUCCCUCCGACGUGCCGAUCGUUUGCUACGGCAUGUAUCUUCUCCAGACUAUUCAGCUGAUGUUCACAGCCAUGGGGAAUGUUGGCAGCGACGUUUUUCUCUUCGGCAUUUGUAUGCAUCUUUGCGGUCAGUUGGAGAUACUCAGUCUGGAAUUAUUGCAAUUUCACAAAGGAAUGAAAAACCGUUAUUCGACUAGAAUGAAAAUGAUGGCAUUGACCGAGAGACACUGUUUGCUUUUGGAUUUAGCCGAUAGCAUCGUGAGUACACUCGAUACCAUCUUGAUAGCUCAACUGAUUCUUCACGCGUCGCUCAUAUGUUUAUUAGGAUUGCAGCUUAUCGUGUCCUUGGCAGUACAUGAUUUUGCUGUUGUCGGCACGAGUAUAAUGUCGUUCAAUGUAUUAAUGAUACAGCUAUUCUUGUACAGUUACAUGGGGGAGACUUUAUCGUCGAAAACGGAAGCGAUUUCUCAAGCGGCUUACUUGAACGAUUGGUACGAUUUACCUAGAAACAUUGUGCGAGACUUAUGUUUUAUAAUAGCUCGUGCCAAUGUGCCUGUUCACAUAAGAGCGGGUAAAUUCUAUAAUAUAGAUUUCAAUAGUUUCAAAAAUGUUCUGAAAGCAUCCGUUUCUUACUUUUCGGUGCUGCAAAUCAUGUUUACUCAAUAAUUCAGAAUAAGUCAGAAAUAUAAAUAUAUUUGAGAUUUAAACAGGACACGUUUAAU